ACUAGAUUCAUAAAGCGUUUAGUUUGAGGAAGAGGUGGAAGUGUGUAGUGUAUAAGAGUUCUGGUCGUCACGGCGCCUGUUCGUAUUGAUCGCCAAAGUGAGUCAUUCUUGUUGUGGUUCGACACGCGGUGACGCCAGGGUUGUUGCCAUUAGGUGCUGUGUUCGUAGUGAAGAAUUAAUUUUCUACCGAGAGUGAUCAGGACGGUUCCUUGAUGGUUCGUAACUGUAUUCCUCCCAAGAUGGAGACUACGUUCUACGAGGACCAGUCUUUUCAACAUAGGUUAAAUGGUGAUGUAAAUCAGCUGAAACGAAGCAUGACUUUGGACUUGAAUGCUUCUCGAGGGCCAGCGAAAAGACCAAAAUUCAAUGCAGCUGUGACUGCAGCUCCAGUGCUAUCCUCGCCAGAUCUCAACAUGCUUAAACUAGGGUCUCCUGAGCUCGAGAAACUUAUAAUUGCACAGCAGAACGGUUUAGUUACGACGACACCAACACCAACGACGCAGAUCUUAUUUCCCAGGACAGUGACUGAAGAACAGGAGAUGUAUGCACGGGGUUUUGUGGAUGCAUUGAACGAGCUACAUACGAGCGAUUCCAGUCAGAUGAGCUCCGCGGGAGGAUUGCAACCUGUAGAUGUUCCAGUUACCAGCAGUAGCAAUGGUACUGGCGUCGGUAUCACUUAUACCACGCUGGAGCCACAUGGCCAGGUUGUGAUCAGUCAGGCAAAUUCAUUCCCGCCUAUAACCUCGGCUGGAUACGGCCUUCUGUCGUCCACAGACCAAGCCAUCCUUGUGAAAGAUGAACCACAAACUGUUCCAAGUCUCGGAUCUACGCCACCCCUUUCUCCCAUCAACAUGGAGUGCCAGGAGAAAAUCAAGCUGGAAAGGAAGCGGCAGAGGAAUAGGAUAGCAGCUUCCAAAUGCAGACGACGUAAGUUGGAACGUAUUUCAAGACUCGAGGAUAAAGUUAAACUCUUGAAGGGUGAGAACACAGAACUCGGAACUGUUGUACACAAGCUCAAGGAACAGGUGUGCCAGUUGAAAGAACAAGUGAUGGACCACGUGCACAGUGGUUGUCAAAUUAUGGUGGCAGCCCACUUCUGAACCGAGGAUUCCCCGGGUUGAAUCCCGGCGAUGUGUGUGUGGGAAACGUGUAUCCUUGCCUUUCUUUUUACGGGUUUGGUUUCUAAGGUAACUUCAGGAAGUCGCAAAGCUGCUCCAAUAUUUAAUACUUUAAAAGUGAUUUUUGUAUCAAUUUGUAUAUCGGUCUGUUUUCAACCAAAUUUGAAAAUUGUUUUGAAAAUAUUUGUUUACGUGCAAGGUCUAACGACAUGCUCAAUAUUAAAUAUUGUGUGGAGCAGCCAAGGUUGCGAAAUAAACCAAACUUAAAUUUUUGCUGUUCAGUGUAAUGGUACUGUGGAGCGCAUGACCGUCCCAGUGUAAGGAAACCAAUUGGGCCUGGCGUGAGGCUACAUAAGCGAGUGGCCUUGUGUUCACUUGCGUAAUUCAUCACCACAAGCUGCAACGUCGUACUGCGGCCAGGAUUAGAAUUUGUGGUAGCCUCUCACCUCUUAGACGUCAUAAUCGUCCGCCAUUAUUUCUCCCAAAGAGAAACUGAUAGUAUUACAAAACUAUAGUGACUUAUUUACAAUUUUUUUUUGUCCUUAGUGCUGAGUGAAUUUACAAAUAUGCAUUCCUGAAUAAAAUAAAAUGGGCAUGUAUGUUUCAUACAGGAAACAAUCACAUUGUAGACCUCCUGUAAAGCUUUAGGAGGCAAAUUGUGCAUCUAGUCGCAUCCCCAUGUGGGUUAUACUUUUCAUGUAUAAGCAUGUGAUUCUUAUAUACUGUGUAAAACUGUGUUUGCUCUUGUCUUUUGGAUGGUUUGCUAAGCAGAGAAUUUGACUUUUGAAAAGAGCUAUUUUUGUAUGGGAAGUUCUAAGCUGCGAAUAUGUAGCAUUACCGAGUAUACUAGCCUAGUGUGUGGUUUCCUAAUUGAAAGUGCUUUCAACAUUUCAUAGAAAUUAUAUUGCCUGUAGGCAGUCUAUAUUUGUAAUGCAAAUCCUUCCAAUAUGCAAUGUGCCUUUUAAAUAGAGGUUGAGUGUUUGAAUCUGCUAUCAGAAUCCUCAUUUUUUCCAAACUGACAGCCUGCAGCAAAAGAAGUUCUUGUAUAUGUAUAUACAUACUUUUUUUACAAUAUAUCUUUAGCAUUCAUCUUCAAUAAGGUAUUUUUAUGUGUGCUGGUAUGUGAUGUAGAAAAUAGAUUCCAUGAAAUCUUUUUUAUGAAUGAUUUUAUUUUUGACAAAAUAAAUUGAUAUUUAAGAAUAA